GUAUCUGGGUCAUGUUAUGAUCAUUGUGAUUUGCUUGCAUUUCACUUGUUUUUAUGUCAUGACAAAGCAACGUUCACACAACAGAUUACGCGCUCAUUCCUUUCGAAAUUUGUUGAUAAAGUUAAUGCGCAUCAGUGCAUUUGGGUAGUUUCGGCAUUAAAAUCGUCACUGGUCUUUAGGCCAUCUCCUGCAUCAAACUAUAACUGGCCAUGGGUUACAUUACCGUGAAGGAAGAGAGUAAGGAGAGACUUCACUUGGCUAGAGAACCAAGUAUUUGGUCCUACAGUAUUUUAGUAGGGUUGAUUGCUUUUGGGUUUGGUGCUGCCUAUUAUGGCUCAGACUGUUUGCUGUGGAAAGUGGUUUAUGUUGCUGGUGCAAUUUUUCUGGGGAUCUCCUGCCUAGAAGAUUGGGAGGAUUGUGUGUUUGACAUGAAUUCGGGCCAGGUGAAGCUCCAUAAACUCAGCCUGAUGCAGAAGCUGCUACGACCCUCUCAGGAACAGCCAGCUGUUGUGACAGAACUGAGUGGAAUAGUUGAUGUGCGAGUUGAGGAGGAAAAGGUGAGGUAUUUUGGGAAAGGCCACCAAGUAGUGCUGUACUUCGACACCGGCCUUUCCAUGGGAAUCACUGAUGCCUGUACAUUUGGAGAUAAUCGAGAACACAGUGCAAUUGCAGAUAAAAUCUCAAGUUUUCUGAGCCUGGAUAAAAAGGCUUGUGACGGAGAUGAUUACCUAGGAGAUGGAUCGUCCUCUGAGGACAGCUUUGAGCAGAUAGACAAGGCUGAGGUCUCUGACGAAUUAGCGGGUGCUGACGCAGAAUUAACAAAAGCAGACCCAGGCAUUCAAACAGAUCGGCCGACUGACUGAUUGACUAUGAUUUCCACUAAGAGACAAUCUUUUAUUAUCCCCAAAUGUACUGGCUUUGUAUUCUUUGAAUUGUCACGCCCAUUUUUUGCAAACAUGUGAAGUAAAGAUCUCCUUGCUUAUCCAAAGGUUUCUUCUCAAACUUCAGAGAAGCAGGAUUAAUUUGUAUAUGUAAUUUAAAUGUUUCCUUAUGUAGUCACACAUUUCUGGUAUGUGCUAGUGUGUAGAUUAUGGUAUAGGCUAGUGUAUACUCUUAAAUAAUUGUUCACACCCAUUGAUCUUUACAAAUGAAUGUACACAGAGCGGAAACCUGAGAAAUAACAUGUCCAUACAACCUCUGGAAUUCCAUAUAUAUUUUUUCUUAAUCCAGUGCUAAAGUGAAAAAUUCAGUAUGCCGCGGGUAUAAGUUUAUUGAAGAAAUUAUUAUGAUGUACUGUAAACUUUUUUUAUCUAGUUUUGCACUCGACAUAUCUUGCAUUGAAAAUGUCCCCGCCAUGCAUGAUUACUUGUGAUACUUGGUAUAUAUAGGUAUACAGUGAUAAAAAGUACAUUAGAAAGAAGUCUGUUUCACAGUGUUUCUCUUAGUGUUUAGAUUUAACUCCAUGGGAAAGUAUAGGUAAUUUGAGUUUUCUGUUGGUCACUGCUAGUUGAUAUAUUCUUUUAACAGUACUUUUAUAUGUACAUGUAUUGGGGAAAAAAUAUAUGUAAACUACUAGUUAAAAAGCAUUUGUCAAAGACCUCAAAAUGUUACCUUAACUCUUGCCACAUUAUUUUUUCAAGAUUUUAGAAGACAUCAACAUAUUCUGUAACUGCAGUUAUGAAGAGUGAAAUGUUGAGGUCUUGUUAUGUGGGUUUAAUUUAUGGUGAUAAAAAAAGCGCCAAGCUUUGCUAUUAAUCUGUACCUAUUUUUAUAUAACCUUAUGUACUGAUUGCCUGUUUUUAAUGAUUGAUAAUUCAUUUCUGGCAUCAAUCUGAGUUUUAAUAGUUUGCUUUUAGUAUGAUUUGCUGUGUUUGUCAAUGUAUGUUGUUGAGGAAUCCUUUAACAUGUUUAAGUCAUGUUUGAUUUUUUAUUUGUUAAUCCACAUGUUUUUUGUUACAUUUCUGGUAGGGUAUUUUGCCAAAACUUCCAAAUUAGUAGAUUGUUGAAUCUGUGGAGCAAUCAGUGCUAUACACAGGAGUCGAUGUGCUGAACAGUAAGUCUAAUGAUACAUUAUGGUACCUUUUACUUUAUAUUGUGAUUAACAACAUUUUGCCAGAAUGAACCAUGUACAGUUAAGAAAACAAAGUCUUUGAGUGUUUUGAUGAACAAUAACAGAAUUAUUGUAAUCCAUACAGUGCCAUAAUUUCUACUAAAAGCCUGAUAAACACAUGAGGACAACACAUGAAUUUGUGAAUAGUUACACAUAAUUUUCGUGAAUUGUUUUCCACGGGAAGUUGAGAAUUACAAGUAGAGGAAAACCAUACAGAUUUAUAAAUAUGGUUCUGUAGAGAAAACUGUAUUGUACUUUUCCUGUAUACUGAUACAUGUACAUAUUAUAUCAUGUAAAUUUACAGAAACUUUUAAUUUGUAAAAUUUUCAGAGCUUCCUCUAUAACAUUGGGUCAAGUUUUGUAACAUGUUUGGUGUGAGUUUUACAUGGUGUAUGUUUUAUGUAAGGAUUGUUAUUUGUGUUCAUGUAUUGUGGAUACAAGUUUGUUGUGCAAUACUAAUAUCUGUUUACAUGGUUUUACCUUUACCGUUAAUUACUGUGAACUUAAUAUUGCAUCAAACCAAUGGAAUUUUAAUUAGUGCAUUGACCUCAUCUAAAAGAUAGCAGUGAUGUCUUUGGGUAUAGCAAAAGUUGUAUAUUGCUACCUUAAUUUUUUGUGGAUGCUAAAUGUAUCUGUUUUGUAAACUGGAGUGUUUAUCUUGACUUCUUGACUGUAAUUAUCUUCACCUAAAUUGCUGUGCAAUGUGUAGGUCUGUGAACUAGGAAUAACAGUGAAUUUGUGUUGAAUUUGACUUGUAGGCCUAUAGCUAAAUUAAAGUUCUUUUAUUUGUUUGGUAUCAGUAUAGUUAUCUUGAGUUCAAUUCCCAGUUGUUCACAUAUACAUGUGCUUUUUUCUUUGGGAAGGAAACACUUACCAUAUUUGUAAUUAAUCGUAUGUUCAGUUCACGGGAAAAAUAAGUACAUGGUUAUGUAUAUGAUGCCUUUAUUAGUGUUCCUUGCCAAGUCAAUCAUUUAGUUAUGCUGAAUUAAGAUGGAUGUAUACCAUCUGCCUGUAGUAAGUGCACAGGUGAAUAUUGUGAUGUGAAAUGGAAAUUCUACUUGUGUCAGAGGGAGGCUAAGAGACAAAUAAAAAGAACUAGUUGCCA